AUGCAGUGGUUUGGUGUAUCAAAGUAUAAAACUGGUGCGGAGCGACGACUUAAACUGCUUCCGAAGAUUCCGGAGUGUGAAUGCACUACGGAUGAUGAGGGAGUGGUGGACGGCCGAUCUGCAGAGAACUCUGACUUUGCUAACUGGCGAAAUUCCCUGCUGGUGUGCAUCGCGGAUGGUGCGCGGCAAGCCGAGAGGCAGCCGGAAGACCAAGCGCACGGCGUUAUCGCGGAAGGGACGCUCUCUGGUACGUUGAAUGUGGUUCAGACCAGGGCGCGCCUGACCCGUGUGGUCGAACGGAUGUUUCCUGAUGUCUGGACUCUCCAAAAUGGAGCAGUGCGGGAGGGAGUUCCAAAAUCUCAGAAGGAACAACGUGGAGCGAAUUAUGCCUGA